CCUGAGAGACUGCGGUUUCGCAUUCCAAGCAAACCAGUUUCGACGUAUUGAACGAGUGUGCUAGACUCAUAUUUGAAUAUUAUAUAAAGAAAAUACACAUAAGAAGAACCAGAAGAGAAAGAAAAAACUAGAUACCACGCAGUUAACGAAAUAAAGUUACUGCACAUCACAAGAGCGAGUUAAAGAAAAAAGAGAAAAAACGUCUGAGGUUCCUUUCAUGCAAAGAGCCGUAGGUGGUGCUAUAAUAACCGCUGGAGUGCGACUGAGAUCCAGCCGAACGGACAAAGCGCGGGCCUUUGAAGUGACCCGGGCCUGAAGUGCUUCUCUCCUGAGGUCACGCGGCUCCCGGCGAACUUUUGGCGACAAACCACGCAAUGGACAUGUUAUAAAUCUUGAAUUCCUUUUUAUAUUCCUCGUGUUAUCGACCUGGGAAAAGGCGAGGAAGAACUUUCGCGCGAACUCCACUGAAAGAAAGAGAAGAAAACAUGAGUUUUAGAAUGCCAAGUUCAUCGUAAGCAAGUGAAAAGCAAGUAACUCUCCAUAACCUUCGGAAAUAAAGGACCUUAAGAAAGUUCACUCUGCAAGAUGAAGGAGAACAAGUUGGUCGUUCUCGGAGCGGGAGGAGUCGGAAAGACGUCCCUUGUUCUCCAGUUCCUGCAAGGCUUCUUCUCGCCGACGUACAAGCCGACAGUGGAAGACUGCUACAGUCACACCCUACAGUUACCAAAUGGACUCUUCCACUCGUUGGAAAUUCUGGACACUUCGGGUUCGCACAACUUCCCCGCCAUGAGAGAGCUUUCGAUCAGGUCCGGCCGAGCUUUUAUCAUCGUGUUCGCCGUCAACAAUGAGCAGAGCUUCUACGAGUCGCAGGCGCUGUGGAACCUGAUCAAGGAGGUGAAAGGUACGGCCGCUCUCGUUCAUUUCCUAUUAUCUCUCUCUCUCCUUUUAUCUCCUUUUUCGACAACGUGCCCUGCGUCUCCAAAACCACCCUUCAUUUUCUCAUGUUUCUCUCUUCUUCCCUCUCCCUCAGGUUUCGACAACGUGCCCUGCGUCUUGGUGGGGAAUAAGGUCGACCUCUCCGCCGAGCGAGAGGUCAUGUGGGAAGAGGCCAAUACCUACGUCACGGAGGCCAUGUUGAACGCAGCCUACGUCGACACUUCGGCCAAGUACAACCUCAACGUCACGCUCGUCUUCAAGGAGCUGCUCGUCUUGACGUUCGGAAUUGGCGAGGAGAAGAAGGAGCGGCGCCCUUCCCGCAUCCGCCUCUCCCUCAGCGACCUCUCCCUGACGACGCGGCGCAAGUCCUCCAGCGCCAUGUCCACGGGCUCGGGCGCCGCCACCUCCGCCCUCUCGUCCUCGGGCAUCUCGCGCACCGGCAGCGUCCUCUCCUCCUCCUCCGACGGCACGCCCGACGACGAGAACGCUAACAAGUCGUCCUCGACGCCGCUGUCGCCGGCCUCGAGCGCCGCCACGCCCGAGUCCGAGGGCGGCGGCGCGGGCGCGGUGGGGGGCGGGAGGAGGCCGUCGCUGCUCAGGCAGGACAGGUGCGUCAUCUUUUGAGGAGGCGACGGAGGAGCGAGAGAAGUGCAGAAAGAAAAAGCAAAAAAGGAAAAAAAAGAAGAAAAGAAAGAAAGAGGAAACUAGAAAAACGGACAAAGAAAGAAAGAUUACGUGGAAAGAAGAUUGAGCAAAAUCAAGAAAUGAUGAGUCUAAGGGAAAAGGAUUAAAAAAGAGUUAAAAAAAAGGA